AUGGAAAACACCAAAAACAGCACAUUCCACUAUGGCUACCGCCUCGCAAUCGAGCACGUCCGCGCCUCCAUGUAUCGAGCCCUCAACCCCUCCAUCACCUUGUACAUGACCGUCGUGCUCGACCACGUCCUCAACGACUUUGAGUACCAGCUGCACGACAGACCCGCAGGCGGUGAUGGUACGCCUGGAGCGCCUGGAGCUUCUCCUGGAGUUGUUGCACAGGCCCUGGUUGGGGCCGCCGCACAGCCCGCCAAUGUUACCCCUACUAGCAGCGAGCUCGGUGGGAGGGCUUGGUAUGAGCCUAGGCGUAUUGAACCCGCCAAACCUGUUGCUCCCGCCAACUCCGCUGCUUCUACCAAGGUCGCCGCCUUCAAGACCGCCCCCGCCGGGCUUACAACUCCUACAAAUCCCACCCCCGUCAACUUCAACGUCUCCACGCCAUCAUCAUACGCCGCAGGUACUAAAACUACAGCCGCCUCUAAGCCUGGCCCUAUCGUACUAUCCCCGGCCUCCGCACCUUCCACCCCCACCCCCACCCCCACCCCCUCCAACGCCUUCACCGACGGUACUGCCACUUUCGUACCGCUCUCUGCCGCCGAAUACGCCGUGGCAAACAAGUUGAUCAAAAACCACGCCGGCAGUAUCCUUCUCCCCAGGCCGCGUCUCCGCCCCAUCACCAUGCGGGUUCACAAGCCAAUCAAGAUCACCCGCCCCCUGAAUCUUGAGGCCGUCCUUGCGCAAUCGAGGGGCGUAAAAGCUAACUAUGAGUGUGGGCCGUGCGCGAAGGGGAAUGGGCCAUUUACCGAGUGUGUCAUUGUGCCGGGGAUGCUCCGCUCUAGCUGUAGCAACUGCCAUUAUAACAAUGCGAGCCAGAGGUGUACUUUUAGGACUGCUCUUGGAACACCCGUUUCAACGGACAUGAUUCCUGCCGAGUAUAUAAAUGCUGAUGCAGGUUUCCCAGCUGCGCAAAAGGUCUUGGAAGAUGAUGACGCGGAGCCGAACAAGAAGCGGAAGCUUAACCACGAGCCGUCGGAGUUUGUGAAAUAG